AUCUCUUGAUCGACCAACUCCCAUGGCCAAAGAGAAAGAUACUAGGGUAGUAAACGGCAUGGCGCUGGUGCGCAAAGCGUCACCGGCCCGGCCGCCGACGCUGCAUGACAUCCCCGACAAGCUCCUCGAGCUCAUCCUCUUGUACCUCACCUCGCCCCAUUGGCUCGUCUGCGCAGCGGCCACCUGCAAGCGAUGGCGCCGCAUCGUCGUUCAAGAAAGCUUCCUGCGUCACAUUUCCACCCCCAAUUCCUCAUCUCUUGUUGCAGGCCAUUACCAUAACCACACAUCCCCUAUUGAUGGUGCCCGGCUCAGCUUUGUUCCUUCCACGCCAGCGCUUGCGGUCAAUAGCCACCACUUCUCCCUGGACUUCCUCCCCGGAGGUGGUAGCAGGUCAUGGGUGAUCGUGGAUAGCCACCACACCCUCCUCCUCCUCGCCAAGAAGAAGACUGGGUGGAGACACCGCUGCUUCCCUGACCUCCUAGUCUGCGAGCCGAUCACACGGCGUUGCCAAGUGAUCCCACGCGUGGAGCAAAUGAAAUACCAUCCAUGUAUUGGUAAUUGGUGUAUUCCUCGAGAAUAUGCAUGGUCGGAGAGGAGCUACCACUUGCGAGGGACGCACCAUCGAUGCAAUGUCAAGUUUCAGAGUGAUCUGCGUGCUCUACCAUAAUUCACAGGGAUAUCUGGUAACAUUGGCACAGCCAAGGCCUUUGUCUUCGAAGAGCGCCGGAUGGGGAAGCGUGGCUGGUUCGUCUGGCAGCAAGUGACGCACAAGCCUCAAAUCCACCUUCAUGGCAUGGAAUCUCUGCAUUUCAUUGGUCGUCCAUCAUUUUCUCUUUUCUGGUCCAUGGAAGAUGACCAUUCCUCCUUGCUAGCCUAUAAUUUCCGGUGGCCAAACGAGUUUGAGAUCGUCCCACUUCCGGGCCACAUCCGAGGGUCAGCUUUGCGAGUCAUGGAUAUCAACAACACCAACUUGGUGCAUGUUGUUUGCUUGCAGGGCGACAACCUUAGCAUCUUUGCGCAAAGGACAUACCAUAGCACCGAUUGGGUGCUUCGGAAGAGCCUCCAAUUAAUGGAGGCUACUCGUGAACUGGCAGGGCACAAGGAUGAGCACUUUCGUGGGUCUACCAAGAUCGUCUCAACCAGCAUGAGCUCUAUUGUGUUUUCUCCGGCGGAGGAGACAUGGCUAUUCUCCAUUGACUUUGAGACCAUGGAGGUGGCGAAAUGCAAAUACAAGGCGCAUUCUUCUACAUGUGUGGCUUAUCCGUGCAAUGAGGAGCGGAGCGAGGCGGGCGCGUCGCUGAGUGGGUGGAGUGGCUGGGGCGUCGCGGCGUGGGUGGAGAAGCAAGGGCAGCGGUGGCGCCGUGCCGGGGCGGAGAAGGAAACCGUCCUUCGUGGCACAAUCGUCCUUCGUGGCGCCGUGCUGGGGCGUCGCGGCAUGUGGAUGGCGGCGCUGGCCCUGCUUUUCUCCGGCCGGUGCGCGUGCUGUUCGCCGCGUCCGCAGGUGCUGCGCGUGCUGCGCCGGCCCUGCUUCUCCUCGGCAGCAGUUCAGGUCGGAGGUCACCAAAACCCAUAUCCAUCACUACUGGUCGGUCCGGUGUCGUGGAGCAAGGGCUGCUGGUUGCGCCGUCGUGGGUGGAGGUGCACCAUCGAGGAGCCGCAGGGGAGGAGUUGCAGCAUCGAGGAGCAGCAGGGGAGGAGUUGCACCAUCAAGGAGCAGCAGGGGAUGAGGUACUUUGACUUUAGAAGGGAUACUCUUGCCCCUUUGGCGGACGAUGUUCUUACAAGUACUGUAUUUUCUCCAGCAUGCCUACACCGAUGGGCAUUUGGAGGAGCCGGCAACGGUGGCAGUGCUUCAUUUUCAUGCCGACAAUGGAAGUAUGGACCAGCAAGAAAUAUCGAGUUGAUUGGCAUACUUGCUCAGAAGGUUACAACUGUAGGUAAGGCAUCAAACUAUAUGUCUCAAAUUAAGGUCGAUCAUGGAGCCACUCGCCCGCCGCCGAGGUACGAGAUCGCCGCCGCUGACAUCCAAGAGGAGCUGCUGCCAGACCUCAUCGCGGAGCCGUUCGCCGCCGCGGAGGUGAUUUGA